UCUCUCAGUCUGCGUGCUGUAGCCCUGCUGUGCGAUCCUCUCAGCCCUCUGUUGUAGCACCAAAGGGAGGACACACACUCUCUCACGCAUACUCACAGAGACGCACACACUCUGACAUCCCACAUAAUCUCUUCUGCACACUCACUGUAAGCACCAGCCAGCCAGCCAGCCAGCCAGCCAGCCAGCCAGGCCCGAUCGGAGACAGGGGAGCCCAGCCGUCUCGUCGCCCAAGAUGGAUGUACUGAUGAAGGGGUUCUCCAUGGCCAAGGAGGGGGUAGUGGCCGCCGCAGAGAAGACCAAAGCAGGCAUGGAGGAGGCAGCAGCCAAGACCAAGGAAGGGGUGAUGUAUGUAGGCAAUAAGACGAAGGAGGGAGUUGUGUCAUCAGUAAACACAGUGGCCAACAGAACCGUGGACCAGGCCAACAUCGUUGGAGACGCAACGGUUGCCGGGGCCAACGAGGUGUCACAGGCGGGCGUGGAGGGAGUCGAGAACGUCGCCGCGUCGACCGGGCUGAUGAACCAGGAGGAGCCUGUAUACGAGGGAGAGUACGGAGGAAUGGAGCAGGGCGGGGAAGGAGGAGAGGGGUAUUAGUCGUCUUCAGGACCCUCCCGUCCUCUCCAGCAGCCCCUUCCUGCCCCCCUCUUCGCCUCGCUGUACCAGAAUCCAGAUGUUCAACAUAUUUUUUUGUGACUUUAUGGAACCAAAAUCAACUAAAACAGACUCUUCCGGAUGCUGCACCUCCUCAGCCCUCCCCUCCCCUCUCUCU